AUGCCAUCCGGCAUGCGGCUCCGCGAGAGCUCGAUGCUACGAGUUCCCGGGCGGUACCAGGAGGACCUGGGCCCCUCGCACGCCGACCGCCCACUCUUCGUGCACGCCGACGUGCCGUUCAACACCGAGCUGUCUCGGCACUGCGCCCACCCCAGCCUGCCGCUGGACUACGCGGGCGUGGGGCCGUCAGAGGCAGAGCGCGCCCGGCUUGCGGCUCGCGAGGCAGCAAGAAUAGAGGAGGAAGAGUGGGAGGGGUCGGUCGAGAGAACGACCGACGGAGAAGGUAGCUGGGAGGUCGCGACGAACGGCCCCGCUACCGAGGACGGCAGCUCGGACUCCGACGGGGAGUACCGGAGCGCCCGGUCGGGAAGCCGAAGGGGUGGCACCCUUCGGCAGGGGCAGGCGCUGCCGCUCCGCCACAACAGGAUCGUCGAGUUGACGACCAGCAAGCCUCCCCGGUUCGCCCAGCCCGCGUUGCCCGCCAUGGCCGCCGCACCCACUGGCACCACCACCACCCCCGCUCCACCCACCGCACUGGCCGGCAACACCACCACCACUCCACCUGCCGCACUCGCCAGCACCACCACACCCACCCCGCCGACCCCCUCGGAGCCUCCCUCACGCCCGGCCCACGUGGCCAACAUCCCCAGGCGCAAGCCGAGGCAGAAUUCCGCCGCCCUCUCCGAUGGGAGCGGAGAUAGCAUCGGUGGGAGCACAGACGGCACCCGGCCCAACUGGGCCGAUCUCUCAGACGGCAUCAAGUACGCCAUCAUCUGCGACAUGACGCGGACGGCGCCGCUAUCUCGGGCCGUCCAAAGCCUCGGCCUCGACCACGUCGAGACCACGUCGCUCCUCGGGCUGAUCGCCGAGGAGCGCAAGAAGAAGACGGAAUGGGCCGAGCUGCUGACCCAGCACCCUCACAGCGCCGAGAGCCCCCCGGCGGAGGAGUUGGCCCCGCUCUGCCCCGUCAACGAGGGCAUCACGGCCGGGGACGUCCGCCGCGGGCGGGCCUUCCUCAAGUUCUUGGGCAUGGGCGGGGUAGCCGCGCGGUUGGGGUUCUGGGAGGGGACGGGGGCGGACUUCCACGAGGUCCAGAUCGACGAUGGUUGCCGGGACCUCGUCGAUGACUUCCACUUCUUGGCCGGCAGCGAGGGCGAGGGCGGUAGUGCCAAGAGGUUGCUUAACCUCAAAGGGGGGGAGCUCCUGCUCCGGCUGGACCCGCCGGCGAACACCGUCAACCCUUUGCGGUUGAGGCCUGGAGCCCCGCUCGUUCGGGCCAAGAAGUUGGGGUUGGCUCGGGUGCCGUUGUCGGACGGCUUGCACCCGAUGAAUUACACCAUCGGGGGCAAGACCGGCCGCAGGUACUCGACCCUGGACAAGUCGGACUGGCCGGACUGGGAGGCACUCCACGACGCCGGCGUCAUCCCGGAGGGCUCCCUGGCGGUCUUUACCGCCCACUCCCUCGUUCCCGCCGAGAUCACACUCUUGACGGAGGAGGAGUUGGAGGUCAUCAACGCCAUCCACCCCAUUGGCAUGCUUGGGUCCGCGUCGGCCGCCGAGCUCGGCCUCGACUACGAGGCAAGCGACCCGCCCUUCGCCGUGUUGACCACCGCCCCAGCCUGGUACGAUGCCGGACGGGCCGGUCGGUGGACCGACCCGUACCCAAACGCACCCCGCGACUGGUACGCCAACCCGUCCGAGGACGACUUCCCGAUCGACCUAUUCGGCGACAACACCUCAACGUCAGGCACAGCCGUUGGCCGACAGCGACGCCGCGCCGACGCCCACGCCCCUACCGAUGAACUAGAGUAUUCCCAGACGGUAGCCGAAGACGAAUUUUCGUGGGGCCCAGCCUUUGCUGAGGACGACGACCACGAGAUGGCGAGUGUCUCGACCCGCCCGCCCAUCCGCAGAAUCUCCGCCCCCCGAAUGCCCGCACUGCCGCGUUCCCGCCUCGGAAUAACCGGGGCCCACCAAUCCGCCGCAGCUUCUGUAGAGCAAAGGGGUAUUUCCGAGGGAGACCCCAUCGCUGCCGCUCUCACUCGCCUCUCUGUGAAGCGGUCCAGUCCCUCUCAGGGUGAUCCCAUCGCUGCCGUCCUCGAUCGCCUCGCCAAGACACAACGUCCUGUUGUACGUCAGCUAGCCCCAGAGGUGGCAGCAAUCAUUGACGAGCUCACGGCGAGCGUUCCCAAAACGCAGGGCAGGGUCCACUUCGAAGAUGACCUCCCAGCCUCGUUUGCGUCGCGCCCACCCAUUCCACCGCGCUCACCCGUUCCGGUGAUUGAACUCGAGUACCCCACAGAUGGGGAGGAAUCGCGUAGUGAAGGGAGCGUGGAUGGCCCACAAGGCGGACGUGGACCUCGUGCCCGUCCUGCCGAUCCGGAUGAUGAUGAAUAUCGACCAAUAUCAAAGAGACCGAGGGCGAGAGUACCCAGAGCGCGGGCAUCCAAUACAAGGAAGCGUGGUCGCCCCGACUCCCCCGUCGCCCAGACACCGAAGCGCCCGCGUACCGGUAGAGGCCCGGGGAGACCGAGGAAGUAUCCGCUCCCUAACGCAGACCUGCUGGGGCCUCCGACCCCUUCGCCCAAGCGGUCCAUUACGGUCCGUGGUCUAGCCCGCCAAUCUUCGGAACAGACGGCCACCCCUCAACACCCUGUUACCGAGGGUGCUCAGAACCCAUCUAGUUCGCUCGUGGCUAACGACAAGGCCGAGCCCGAGGACCCCUUCCUAGAACGCCCGUCUGGAGAGCCGUCCAUCACUGCCAGCUCUGUUCCGCAGGGUCCGAAGCGUCCCCGUUCGCGCAAGAAGUCAGCCGAUGAGGAGGGAGAGGGGGACGAACAGGCAGUCAAGAAGCGCGGCCCAGCGAAGAAGCGCCAGCCCAAGCUCGACGAAAAGGGGGUGCCGAUCACGCCCAAGAAGGGGCGACCGCGGCGCACUGGUCCAACUUUCUCUUGUGACGGGACGAAGCGGAUGCGGUCGACCGAGGGUGAGGAGAUGACGCGCGCCGAGUUCGAUGAGGUGUUCACACGGGAUGAGCUCGUAUAUCGUCCCGGUGGUAACUUCGGAGGCGGCACUUUCGAGAUCAAGGCCACGGCUAGGGCGACCCGUCGCGCGAAGAAGCUGGGGCUGGCCAAUGCCACGGGCACCAAUGCCUCGAAUAACCGGGCCGCCGAAGGUCAACAGAACGCCCCCACCGCCCCGGGCACGCUUGGCCAAGCAGCCUCGCAACCAAGCAUCACCUCAACCGAGGACUCCGACCCCCAACCAGGCCUCUCCCCUCCCAUCGAACAGUCCAACCAGCAGACCCCAAUCGACAUCGCCCGCCCUAACGCACCCACGCAGACCACCCCCCUACCGCCACAGCCGGCCGUGACCGGCCCCAGAACCCCCACGUCCACAUCCGCACCAGCCGGCAUCACAACACCGCCUGCUCCCCGCAAACCCGCAGCCCCUGCCCCGCGUCCGCGAGCUCCGCGUCCAAAACCCCUCCCAUCGGCGUCGGCGGCCGCAGCGAUUACCGCGACUUCCGCAACCGCACCGGCUGCUGGUGCUGGCCCGGCCAUCCCGCCACCACCGGUCCCCACAGCAGGAGUCGACCCGCGCGUGGCCGCUCGUGUGGCUGAGCUGAAUGCCCAGUGCGUCCGGUACAAUGUGGCGACGCGGGACCGGUUUGAUAGUGAUGCGGCCUUUCUGGCGCAUGCUGAGCCGAUGGCUGAGCUGCUGUUUCCUAACUUGGGUGGUGGUGGUUCUGGUUCUGGUGGUGGUGGGGGUGGUGUUGCGUAUCCCCCUGCUGGGUUGGGGCCGCGGUUUGGGGGGUUUGAUAGUUUCAAGUGA